UUUCUUUCUUCUUUUUUUUUUUUUUUUUACAUAUUUCUAUUGCGAUUAGAAUAGAUUUGUCAUCAUCAUUAUUAUUUUGCCUGCUGUCAAGUUACUCUAAAAUUAGGAAUAAUGAGUCUGGAUGCUUUGGGAAGCGCGGUUAUGGACUCCGCGUUUUCCAAACGGAACACAGCGCUGAGAUUAGUUGACUUGGCAGGGGCUCACCACCAUCACCAUCAUCACCACCAUACCCCUCAGAGCGUGACAGGCAUCCCGGGGUUCAGCAGCCAUCCACACUCAAUGGCUCACACGCUCCCCGGGGAGAUUACUGCAGAACCCCGCCUGGGGCCGAGUCCAUUCGGGCCAGAACACAUGGGGCACUCCGCGGCCCUCAAAAUCAGCCCAGCCCAUCAUUAUCCUCAUCACCAUCACCACCACAAUCAUCAUAUGGCAGGCCACAGUGAAGUUGUCUCCAGUCAAACGGGUGCUUUUGGCCCAGUGCAGGCGGCUCCUGUCCCCUACUCCAUGUCUCACACGGCCCAGGCACUCUCGGCAGGUAGGGAUUUCUUCAUUCGAAGAGAUUUGACAGCUCCAGCCAUGCCGGGGCUGAUCGACCAGUCUUCUGGUGCAUCCUCUCACCACGGAAUGUUUGUCUCAACAACAGGUAGCUAUCCUGGGCACUAUGGUCAUCACCCCGAAGCUGGAAACCAUUCCCUCUUUCCUCGACUCCAUCACGAACAACCAUCUAACGGAGCGCCAGGUGGCCAAACGCUGAAUGGACAAAUAAGGUUAGGAAUACCUGGAGAAAUGUAUGUUAGGUCUGAUCACAUGAGUCAAGUGGCAGGUUCAAGGGCUGAUUCGUUUGCUGCCUCGACUUUGCACGGCUACGGCGGCAUUAGUUUAAACAUGAAUCUUAGCGCUCACCACGGACCCGGUGCCUUCUUCCGUUACAUGAGGCAGCCGAUCAAGCAAGAACUCAUUUGUAAGUGGCUGGAUCCAGAACACGCCGCAAAAAAACUUUGCUCGAAAACUUACAGCACCAUGCACGAGUUGGUAACGCAUGUGACAGUGGAGCACGUCGGGGGACCGGAGCAGGGAAACCAUAUCUGCUUUUGGGAAGAGUGUCUUCGCGAAGGAAAACCGUUUAAAGCCAAGUAUAAGCUAGUAAAUCAUAUCAGAGUUCAUACCGGCGAGAAACCGUUUCCGUGUCCGUUUCCCGGCUGUGGCAAAGUGUUUGCAAGAUCUGAAAACCUUAAGAUCCACAAAAGGACUCAUACAGGUGAAAAGCCUUUUAAAUGCGAAUUUGAAGGAUGCGAUCGACGCUUCGCGAACAGCAGCGACCGAAAGAAGCACUCGCACGUGCACACCAGCGACAAGCCUUACAACUGCAAAGUGAGAGGCUGCGAUAAGUCGUACACGCACCCGAGCUCCCUGAGAAAACAUAUGAAGGUGCACUGCAAGUCUCCGCCGCCGAGUUCGGGCUACGAAUCCUCGACUCCCUCUCUCGUUUCCCCUGCUUCGGACUCCGGUCGAGACCCGGCCUCAUCUACGCACUCCGACGCUCUCUCCUCCUCCCAAGGCGCCAAUCUAAGCGAGUGGUACGUUUGUCACAGUUCUGGCGCGAGCGGCACCCAGACCCCACCCAGCAGUUCUUCGCCGGAACCAGAGAACGGUUCUCCUUACAGAAACCGCGAACCAAGAGAUACGUUUUGAUCAUACCGGUCUUCUUGAAAAUAUUAUAAACGUUAUUUAAGUAUUCGUGAGAAGAAUGGAGAGGAAUUGAAAAAACAGACAUUACCAGGGGACAGUGAUUUUUAUCUAAUUUCCGAAAUAAUUAGUCUAAUUUAUAGACACAUAUUGGAAAACAUGUGGUGAUUUCCCAGAUUAUUUAGGCAAAAUUGACCAAACAAUUAGAUGGACAGUAAUAUCGGCAUCAAUUAAACAGUUUUCGUAAGAUUGUUGCUGAAUUUAAUGUAAAUUAUGUUUUUCUUUCGGCAUUUCCAUAAUAAUUUAUUUUCAUAUCUGACGUGAACAUUUUUGUAUCAUCGAACCAAAGUGUUAAUUGAUAUGUUUGUAUAUUGGUACAUGGUGACGUUAUCAUGUGUACUUGUGUAUAUGUUUUAAAAACACUGCCUUUGGUCGUUUGGAAGAAUAUUUUUUAUCGUUUGUAACUGGUUUGUACAUACAAUAAUUAUAAAAUUUAAUAGUUUGAUGGUAGACCACAAUAAAUUUUCUAUAUUCCCUCAUAAUAAACUUUCCGUGUGUCAGUCUACAGAAGAUGCUUAAAUUUGGUCGAAUGUAUAUUUCUACAUCUGCAUUUAAUCGAUUAUUGUUGAAAAAUCGACGUGGCAUUUUGUGCUUUUGUAAUACGUUUGUUAAUUCCAAUAUUUUACGAUGUAAAAUAACAGUAUUCCACCAGUCUAUGAACGUGUACCAAACUGCCUUGUACUUUGUCGGUAUCUUCAAUAAACCUUGUUUUCUACUGUG